CUCUUUUUUAUUUCCUCCUCUAAUUCAAUAUUUUCAACUUCCAUAUUAUUAUUUCGAAUUAUUUUUUGUUUACAAACAAAGCCACGUGAUAAAUUUCUACAAAAUUCAAAUUUUAAAAAACCGUUGACAAUUUUGGAAACUUUUGUGUAUAGUACCAAGCAUGUCCUACCCCCUUAAUAUAAACUAGAAAUGUUCACUUUUGUAAACUUUAUCAGUAAGUCGAGUUAACCAUGCCGAUCAGACGUUUUUAUUUAAUCAACGCUCUUGACGAUUCUAAAGUCAAGACAAUAUUAAAGGAUCUUCAAAAGCUACACGAAAACAUCAAUAAUAUCAAAACAGAGAGAUGUUUUCAUGUUGAACUGAUUGAGGGACAUACGUUAUCGAAAGAGGAUGAAAAUAAGCUACGAUGGAUCUUGAAAAAUACACAGGAGAAUGAUAAUCUUACUAAUCAGCCGUCAUUAAAUGUAUCGUCAAGUGAACAUGAAUGCUUGAUUGAAAUUGGACCUAGAUUUAAUUUCUCAACAGCUGAUUCGACAAAUUCCGUCAGUAUUUGUCGUUCUAUACAUUUGGACUUUAUCAUAAGAAUUGAGACAUCAAUUCGAUACUUAAUAAAUUUAAAUGGAAGUUCCAAAAGUUUCUCAAACGACGAAGAAGCUGUUAUUGUUGAUCACUUAAGUGAUCGAAUGACUGAAUGUCGCUAUACUGACGAAAACAUUCCUAAAAAUUCAUUUAAUGAAAGACUGCCUAAAGAAAAAGAAUCAUGGUUUUAUGUCCCAGUUUUAAAGCAAGGACGUCAAGCAUUGCAAGAAGUAAAUUCAAAAAUGGGACUUGCUUUUGACAACUGGGAUCUUGAUUAUUAUACUGACUUAUUCACAAACAUUUUAAAGCGCGAUCCAACAAGCGUGGAACUAUUUGAUUUAGCUCAGUCGAAUUCAGAACAUUCGAGGCACUGGUUCUUUAAAGGUCGCAUGAUAAUCGAUGGAAAGGAGGAAGAGAAGUCACUCAUUAAAAUGAUAAUAGAAACUCAAAAUCAUUCAAAUCAAAAUAAUACUAUAAAGUUUAGUGAUAACAGCAGUGCCAUAAAUGGAUUUAAAUGCAAAACUCUUCAUCCAACGACUUUUACUGAGCCUGGCAAGAUGGAAGUCUCCGAAACUGAAUUAGACUUGAUCUUUACAGCUGAAACUCACAAUAUGCCAACAACUGUCGCUCCAUUUCCCGGUGCUACAACUGGAACUGGCGGUAGAAUUCGUGAUGUACAAGGCGUAGGACGAGGUGGACAUACUAUUGCUGGAACAGCUGGAUAUUGUGUUGGAAUUCUUAACAUUCCUGAUUAUCAUAUGCCUUAUGAAGAUGACAACCUUCAAUAUCCUCCAUCAUUUGCAAGUCCAUUAAAAAUCAUUAUUGAAGCUAGUAAUGGCGCUUCCGAUUAUGGUAAUAAAUUUGGUGAACCUGUCCUUACAGGAUUUGCAAUAUCUUAUGGUGUGAUUAAUGCACAAAAUGAACGUGAUGAAUAUGUCAAGUCAAUAAUGUUCAGUGGUGGUUUAGGUACCAUGGAUUCGACUCAGACACAGAAGAUAAAUCCAGAAAAGGGAAUGUUGCUUGCAAAGAUUGGUGGACCAGUUUACAGAAUUGGAGUCGGUGGAGGUGCUGCAAGUUCAGUUGAAGUGCAAGGCGACAAUAAAUGUGAAUUAGACUUUAAUGCUGUUCAGCGUGGAGAUGCUGAAAUGGAGAAUAAGCUUAAUCGAGUUGUAAGGUCAUGCAUUGAAAUGGGUGAUCAGAAUCCAAUUCUAGCUAUUCAUGAUCAAGGUGCAGGUGGAAAUGGAAAUGUCUUAAAGGAACUUGUUGAGCCGGGCUAUGCAGGUGCAUUGAUUUUCUCAAAGGAAUUCCAACUUGGUGAUCCAACAAUUAAUGCUUUAGAACUAUGGGGUGCUGAAUAUCAAGAAAAUAAUGCGAUUCUAUGCAAGCCUGAAAGCAGAAGCUUACUUGAAGCUAUUUGUGAACGUGAAAGAUGUCCAAUCAACUUUGUAGGAGUUGUUACAGGCAAUGGGAAUGUGACACUAAUUGAGAAUGAGGCUGAUUUCAAUAAAUAUAUGGAUCGUGAGAAUAUUCCUAAAGAUAUUCCAUUCGACAUGAAUCUCAAGGAUGUUCUUGGUGAGAUGCCAAGAAAGGUCUACGAUUUGAAAAGACCGAAGAAGACAUUUUCACCGCUAAAGCUUUCUGAAGAUACCGAUCAUUUCCAAAACUAUUUAGAUCGAGUUUUAAGUAUCUUGUCUGUUGGAAGUAAACGCUUCUUAACAAACAAAGUUGAUCGUUGUGUCACUGGAUUGAUUGUUCAGCAACAAUGUGUUGGACCAUUACAUACACCUCUGGCUGACUAUGCAUUAACAUUGGUAUCACAUUUCGAAAAGAAAGGAAUUGCAACAUCAAUUGGAACUCAGCCAAUUAAAGGACUGAUUAAUGCUGAUUCAGGAGCUCGAAUGUCAGUAGCUGAAGCUAUUUCCAAUCUUGUUUUUGUGAAAAUCACAGAACUUGCUGAUAUAAAAUGUUCUGGAAAUUGGAUGUGGGCAGCUAAAUUGCCAGGUGAAGGUGCUAAAAUGUAUGAUGCUUGUAAAUCAAUGUGCAGUAUGAUGGAAAAGUUGAAUAUAGCAGUUGACGGUGGAAAGGAUUCAUUGUCAAUGGCAGCAAGAAUUAAUAGUGAGACUGUGAAGUCACCAGGAACAUUAGUAAUAUCCACAUAUGCUCCAUGUGAAGAUGUAACAGUCAGAAUCACUCCAGAUUUAAAGGCACCAUCAUUUGGAAAGUCUGGUGAACUGAUCUGGGUCAAUAUUGAAGGAAAGUUUAGAUUGGGAGCAUCAGCCUUAGCACAAUCAUUAAAACAACAAGGUAAUGAUUGCCCAGAUCUAGAAAAUGUUGAUACUUUAAAGAAGGCAUUCAAUGUCACCCAAAAGUUAUUGGAAAGAAAAGUUCUACUAGCUGGACAUGACAUUAGUGAUGGUGGACUAAUUGUUUGCUUGACAGAAAUGGCUAUUUCUGGAUUAUGUGGAGUUGAUGUCAAUCUUGGAAGUGCUCUUAAAACCUUUGGACUAGAAGAAUCGUCAGUUGAGAAUGUUUUAAGGCUACUCUUUGCUGAAGAGUGUGGAUGGGUUUUGGAAUGCAACAGCGACAAUCUUCAAGGCAUCUUAGAAGAAUUCAAGCUUAACAAAGUUAAUGCACUGCACAUCGGAAAAUCAACUGGCUAUGGAAUGCAGUCUAAGAUCAAAAUAUCAUCAAAUUCUACAACUUUAAUUGACAUGUCGAUAUUGGAAGCGAUUAAGAAAUGGGAAAGGACUAGUUAUGAGCUUGAAAAACUGCAAAUGAAUCCAGAAUGUGCUGAAGAAGAGUAUCAAUCAUUUGACACCAGAAAAGGUCCAAAAUAUAUGCUGACAUUCAAUCCUGAUGCUGUCAACUUACUUCAAACUCCUUCUAAUCAAUGGCGUGUAGCUGUUGUUCGCGAAGAAGGUGUUAAUGGUGACCGAGAGAUGAUUGCUGCUUUAAUUAAAUCUAAUUUCGAAGUUCACGAUGUGACGAUGAGUGACUUGAUGUCACGUAAAGCUUUCUUGGACAAUUAUCGAGGAGUUAUUUUCCCAGGAGGAUUCAGUUAUGCUGACACACUGGGAUCAGCUAAAGGAUGGGCAGCAAGCAUAAGAUUCAAUGAUGUUCUUAAGUCCCAAUUUGAGAACUUUAAGAAGCGGACUGAUACUUUCUCACUCGGUGUAUGCAAUGGAUGUCAAUUGAUGAGUAUGAUUGGAUGGGUUGAUGACAGUGCUAAGGAAUCUACAGAUGACGGAGUUCCACCAAUCGCACUGCUUCAUAAUAAAUCUGGAAGAUUUGAAUGUCGUUGGAAUUCAUUGAAAAUUGGAUCCAGUAAUGCAAUGAUGCUGAGAAAAAUGCAAGGAAGUGUUCUUGGAUGUUGGGUUGCUCAUGGGGAAGGAAGAUUUUCAUUUAAGAAUCAAGCAGUUCUUAAGAAUCUUAAAUCAUCAAAUUCCAUUGCCAUGUAUUAUGUUGAUGACAACAAUCAGCCAACUGAAAAAUAUCCAAUGAAUCCAAAUGGAAGUAUUGAAGGAAUUGCAGCAAUUUGCUCGAAAGAUGGUCGUCAUUUAGCCAUGAUGCCUCAUCCUGAAAGAUGCGUUGAAAUGUUCCAAUGGCCUUACAUUUCUCCUGAUUUUAAUACACAAACUUGUCCUUGGCAGUCAAUGUUCAACGAAGCAUAUACUUGGUGCUGUGAAAAAUAACUUUAAUAUGUGCCACACAAAUUUUUAUACAAUUCCUAUAAUCGAUGAAUAAAAAGACAUCUUUUUUUACUAUCCAAUUUGAAGGAGCUUCUUCAAGUGUUUAAUUUUGGCUGUCACAUUUUCAUACAGCAUUUUUAAGUCACUCUUCUUGACAUGAAUCACUUUAUAAUUCAUCAUUUCUAAAUGCCUCAUUCUUAACAAUUCUGUUCCUCUUAAUCGAUUUAUAUCAUUAAUACAGAAUGUAUCAAAUGAGAGCAACAAUAUUGCCACCUUAUGUACUUUAGGCUUAUAGUUAAUGCCAAUAUAAUCAUCUGGAUUAGGUUUUAAAAAUUUGUUAUAAUUCUUGUCUAUAUGAAUCUCAAAAUCUAUUCUAUAUCCGUACGGAGUAAUCUGAUUAACAGCUAAGUAGUCGCGACUAGGAACAAUGUGAAGUAACAGUCUAUGCACUUCUUCGUGGAACUUAUUUUUAAUUACCGGUUUCUUUGACAUUUGGGCUUCAAUGAAGCUUUGUUGGAACCGUACCUGAUAUUAUAUUCUGGAUGAUCCAAACAAACAGCUCUAUUAAGUUGCAUCACAAGUGACAUGACUUUUUGAGGAUAAGUAUCUCUUGAAUAUGCCAUUUGAACUUCUUGCUCUAGUCGUUUGAUAAAAUCACCAUUAAAAACUAGUGAAAUUAAUUCAGCACGGGCACUUUUGUAAAAUGUCAGAGCUAAUAAUGCCUGAACGACUGAGAGUCCACUCAUUACAUUAAAAUCCCGAUGGAUUAUAUCGCUGCAUGUAUCAAGAGCUUCAGGAUUUUCAGGAAAGUAGCUUAAAUUGUAGCAUGUUGUUACUGACCUUUUCAACAGUCUCGCCAGUUACAAUAUCCUUAUUGUCAACAACAUAAUUAAAGAAUUGAUCACAAACGGAAUCGUUGCAGAACUUAGCGACUUGAAGUGAAUGACAAAUUUCACGAAUUGUUCUAGAAUUUAGUUCAAGCUUCUUAUUAUCGUACCAUCCCAUGAUUUCAAAAAAUAAUGAGGAAUCUCGAGGUGCUCGACGUCUGACAUAAGAUGAGAGAAUAACAUUGAUAUCUUUAAUUGACAAAUUUCCAGUCUCAAGAUGUCUUUGUGCGCAACUGUCAAGCACGUAUUGUAAAAUUUCCAUCUGAUUAUCAAGCAAGUCUCUGUUUAGACGCCUUCUUGGUCUGAAUCCAUGUAAUAUUUCUAAUCCUCUUGAUACUAGCUUACAAUCAAUGAUAUUCAGUUGUUCCUGCAUCAUAAUUAAUUUCUCAAUUACAAACGGAGGGAUGCAUUCAUAUCUAUCAGAAUAGGCAAUAACAAAGCUUGCAAACUUUGAAAAUUCUUUAGGUAUAUAUGUAGACCCAGUUUUCAUCUCCUCUACACAAUAUUCAUAGACAAUCUUCUCAAACUCAAUGUGACGAUAAGUUCCACCCAGAUUAUUGUUAAAAUUCAUGUAACGAUGAAAGUACUUUGGCAAUCUAUGUCUCAACUCUGGUUCUGGAAGGCUGAAAAUUUUAUUGACAAUCUUAGUCCAAAAGCAGUCACACAAUUCUGUAUCUGAAAUUUUCAAUAAGCGCAGAAUUUUGAAAAAUGAUGCCAAUGAAUCGGAACCUGGGCCGAGAGUUGUUUGAUAUUUUAAUACUUUGUCUGAAAAGGCACUCGUACAACAUAUAUAUUGUGGAUUAUUAAGCUACUUUACUCACCUCUUAACAUCUCUACAAAUUUAAUUCUUUCCUGAGGUGUACAAUACAAGCAGGCAAUCUGCAGUAGUUCGACAUCUUGAGUCUCUUCCAACAGUUUCUUUGCACGAUCUCGAAGCAGUGGAAUCAACAUUGAUGGCUCAUAUUGGACGAACAAUGCUCGAUUAGUCUGGAAUAAAUCCUUUGGCUGCAUAUUCGGAACAGACUUUUCAAGAAGAAUUAAGAACUUCUGAAUGAGCUUUGCAUUUGCUGUUGACCAAUGUGGGAAGUUCAGGAAAUUAAUUGUCUUGAAGAUGAUCCGUACAUGAUCAUUUGUGAUUAAGUUUUUGUCUAGAAACUCUUCAAUCUUGUCUUUAUAGUUGUUUAAAGAAUCAGACGAUAAAACUGGGUGCACAUUAUUAAGGCAUGAGAUGAGAUGAUAAAAUUCUAAUGCAUCGUUACAGUAAUUCAAUUUUGAGUUGAUUACAGGCAGUGUUUCAACCAUAAUGAGCUUAGAAUAGAGAUCCCGUUCAAGACACAUAGCUUCUGUGAAUAAUGACAUGGCCAAUGAAUCGAAUUCGUUCUUCUUUUGACUCAUGCUGUCCAUUAGACUAUUGAUGACUUUCUGCAUUACUGGAUGUCUAGAGUUGAAACCUAAUAGUCGAAGAUGCAAUAAAGUUAUACCUAACUCAAUGUCAUUCAUUUCAUUGAUCUUUGUGCCGAUUUUCUCCACAAAUUUAUCAAGAUUCUUUAUUAUUGUAAGUUCCUGUUUAUCUCUCAGUUUUCCAGUAAGUAACAACAGUUGUAUUAUGUGGUCCUUAUUAAACUGUUCCAAUUUAUUCUCAAUGCAUUUCACAACUUGCUGGAUCUCAUUAAAAUUGUCAAUUUUCUUCAUUAAUCUAUCUUUACUGGAUAUGUCAUGCGACAGAUAUUUAUUCGCAAGUUGAUACAUGUGAUAGAAAUUUUCUUGGUCUAUAUCCUCAUCUUCAUUUAUAUUGGAUAUACUUCUGAGAUCUGAAGGAAAAUGUGACAUUUUUCCCAGAACUGAUGAAAUUCGACUUAAAUGAUUGUGUCUGACUUUGUGCGAUAUUAGGCUGCAUGCUCGAUGCAACAGCAAACUUUUUGAGACUAUUCUUAACAUCAUUAUAUCCUUAAAAACUAGAAAAUUUCAUUAAAUUAUUAUUUCUAAAAUAUUACUUUUUGUUUAUG